UGAGAAUCACAGGCAACGAAGUCGCCCUCCUGAAGUUUUCCGCUCAGGUGAACAGGUGGUCGGUACCUGCCCGGGGCGGGAAACACUUGUAGCGGUUCAGCGUCUGACUGUCUAGUCACGACUACUGCGAGCUGUGCGUACUUUUCAUUAGAACCGGCUAGCGCCUGCAUUCCGCAGUCAAUAGGGCUGUUUACUGUCAAUACGCGUGUACAAACGUAAGUAAGGUAGGGCCUUCACAGCCAAUUAAUACACGAACACGUACGCGGAAGGUAGGACUGUUUGUCCGAGACGGUAAGCCAAACACCGGGGCACGCAGCCAUGGAGCGGCGGUACGGGGUGGACUUUCGCCCGAGGGUUUCUCCGGAGUUGGUCGGUCCGACCAAGUCGGCCUGGCCGACGUACUGCGAUCACCUCUACACCCGGGGCCGACCCAAAGGCAAGAGGACCAAAAGAAAAGUCCGUCCUAGCGAGGCCCCCACACAAACCAAGUGCAGUACUGGCGAACCUCGCACGGCGGCGCUAUCCUCGUCAUACUCCAGUCUCAGAGGCGUUUCUCCGUUCGAGAACUCUUCGUCGUCCGUUAGUGGGGUGGAGUUUGACCUGGAAUCGGAAAGAAGUUUUUACCUCCCGUUCGAAGACGACGCGGAUGGCGAAAGCGGCUUCGGAAGUCUUCCGGGAACACCGGAAGUACCUGAGUCCGAGAGGACUUCCUGUUGUGAUGACGAUCAGAUCUCGUUCACAACGCAAGAUACCAGCAUCAGCGACUACUGUGCGUCUGAAACCAGUGAAGGAAAAGAAAGUGAAGAUACGUCGUUUUUCAAGACACAGCAGGAAAAACCAGCUGCCGAUGUAUUCCCCCCUUGUGUCGAAACCAGAGACCAUAGAUCGGAAGAGAAACUUGAAAAGCCACACCGGGAAAAGCCAGAAACAGACGUCUUCACUGCUACAGCUGAAAUCAAGGCUGGUAUUCGAGACAAACGCGAUUAUAAAGGUCCUUGGAGACACUAUGGCCCACCGGGCAUCCCCGAGAUCCUAAGACGUAAGGAGAAGAAGAAGAAGGACGAGGAUGAUCUGAGACGCCUGAAGAGGCUUUUACUAAUUUUCUCCUCGCUGAGCGUGUUGGCACUGGCCGUGGUGGUGGCGAUCGUCAUGGGACACUUCCUGCAACCGGAGGAGCUCCCUGAUUGGCUGGCCCUGUUCUCGUUCCCAGGGAAGGAGGACCCGUUGAUCCGUGAUGACCUCCGCGCCAUUGUAGCUGCAAGGACGCCGCCGGACAUUCCGCCUGUCAUAUCCGACUGCUUCAAUGUGAGCCUCCCUCUAGCCGAUCACGGUUCCUAUACCUGUAGUGACGUCACCUACGGCCCUAGGUUCGGCCAGCUGUACAUCGUGACGUUCUGUGUUCUACGCUGUGACGUCGGUUACCAUGGUGAGGACGCCGGGCUGCUGUUCUGUGACAACUCUGGUGACAACUCUACAUGGUCCCCCGUCGCGCCGGAAGUCGUCAGCUCCCUGGUCGGCUUGGGGCAGGCGGCGGGCGUCGUGACGAGGAGUGAGAGUCUGACUGCGAAUCUGACCCAGCUCGGCGUGAACGGGACCAUCUACACCAGGGAGACCGCCGGCGUCAUGUCGCGACUGGACCUGGCCGACGAGAUCUCUCUGGGCAGCUUGGAAGAAAAUCUGGCUCUCUUCGAAUUCCACACCGAGGGUAUCAUCGGGGACCCUUACGUGCUGAGACAGGCGCUCUCACACACCAGCCCGGGGCUUAUAGCAGAGGUUUCACGUCUGAACUUCACAGCAGCACUGGCGGAGCUAGAUGCCUUCGGCGCGUCCAAGAAUCCAGAGUGCAAGAAGCUGGACUGUGGAGAACCCAAGGAACCAGGCAACGGAUCGCUACAUGGCGGCAACACGCAGUUCUGGGACGAGUUUACUGUGCACUGUGAUCCUGGGUACGAGAGGAGGCACGCCAGAAUACGAUGCCUUGGGAACGGGAACUGGAGCCUUGAACCCAUGUGUGACCCAGUGGAGUGUGGCGACCCUCCCUCCUUCCCAAACACGGAGUUCGAAUGUUCGACGGGUACGUCAUUUCCGGGCAGCUGUACGGCUUCCUGCGGGACCGGAUACAGGAACACGAACUACACACACGUCACGUGCGGUAGUCAUGGCAACUGGACUCUGGGCAACGAUACAGAAAUAUUGUUGGAGAGGUUAGCGGAUGACUUUUUCUGUGAGAGAAAGGACUGUGGCGUACUACAAGAACCCACUCACGGCUCUCUCGCGUGCACGGGAACGAGAUUCGAGGACACCUGUAAGCUGACUUGUGACACUGGGUACGAGGUGACAGAGGAUGACGGGAUAUCUCUGUUCGAUGAGGAAGGCUACACGUGUACAGAAAGUGGCACUUGGAGCAGUCAACCUACUUGCGGCGAGUCCGAUUUCUGCCUCCAUGGUCACGACGACUGUGAUCUUCAGUACGGGGUGUGCGAACAUACGGGACAUCGGAACUUCAGCUGCCGGUGUGCGCAAGGCACUCUGGGUGACGGGAGAAGCUGUGCCCUGCCUGUCUGCGGUAUUCUAAAUGCCACAGAACCAGACCAUGGGAAGCUGUUCUGUGAGUCACAGUCCAGUUUGGGGAUGGGAUCCGCCGACUGCCGGGACCCUUCUCCCUCCGGGGUGGACAACCAAGAGUACGCGUCGGUCUGCAGACUCAUCUGCAACCCUGGAUACAAACAGACGCUCGAUGUGUCUUACAUGUGUCUAAAGAACGGAACCUGGCACGCCCCACUGGACCUGGAGAACGAGAACAUCCAGCCAUGUGUCGACAUUGAUGAAUGUUUGAGCACUCCCUGUAAGAAUAACGCCACAUGUAGCAACCUGGAGAACGCCUACAGCUGCGCAUGCGUACCAGGAUUUACCGGAACCGACUGUGAUGAAGAGAUAAACGAGUGCGACAGCGACCCCUGUCGGAACGGAGGGUCCUGCAGCGAUGGCGUCGACGACUACACCUGCUCCUGUCUUCCGGGUUGGACGGGAGAAAUCUGCGAAACUGAUAUCGACGAGUGCAGCAGCAGCCCCUGCCAACAUGGCGGCACAUGUGAAGAUCACGUGAACGGCUACACCUGCCACUGUGCUGAAGGGUGGGAGGGGGAGGACUGCGAAAUCAGUGAGUUGAAGACUAGUCUCAAUGACUUUUGA